AUCAUCGAUGAGGACGACACACAGUUCAUGACCAACUGCCCCCCCGCGGUGACGGAGAGCACACCUCGCAGACGCACAAGGAUACAGGUGUUCUGGACGGCGCCACCUACUGGGACUGGCUGCGUAGUGCUAAAGGCCAGUAUCGUCCAGAAGAGAGUCAUCUAUUUCCAGGAAGAGGGUUCGCUCGUCGUUCGGCUUUGUGAGAAAGAGCGCGUGUUCGGUGAAGCUACAGAAACUCCGGCCAUGGAGUGCUGCGCCUGCGGAACGGCCAAGUACAGACUCACCUUCUACGGCAACUGGUCGGAGAAAGUGCAUCCGAAAGACUACCCAAGACGAGCCAACCACUGGUCGGCUCUGAUUGGCGCGUCCCACUCCAGAGGCUACGUGCUGUGGGAGUACGGAGGCUACGCCAGCGAGGGAGUCCGUCAGGUUGCUGAACUUGGAUCCCCCAUCAAGAUGGAAGAAGAGAUUCGACAAAAGGGAGAUGAAGUACUGACUGUCAUUAAGACUAAGGCUCAGUGGCCGGCGUGGCAGCCGCUCAACCUGCGAGCAGCUCCGUCAGCAGAGUUUUCUGUGGACCGCACCCGUCACCUGAUGUCCUUCCUCACCAUGCUGGGGCCGAGUCCGGACUGGAACGUGGGGCUGUCAGGGGAGGAUCUCUGCACCAAGGAGUGCGGCUGGGUGCAGAGGCUGGAGACAGACCUCAUCCCCUGGGAUGCAGGCACCGACGCUGGAGUCACGUAUGAGUCGCCAAACAAGCCCACCAUCCCUCAGGAGAAGAUCCGACCACUGACCAGCUUGGACCAUCCUCAGAGCCCGUUCUAUGACCCUGAGGGAGGGGCAAUCACCCCUGUAGCCAAACUGGUGGUGGAACGCAUCGCUAGGAAGGGGGAACAGUGUAACGUGGUCCCAGACACCAUCGAUGACAUAGUGGCUGAUAUUGGACAGGAGGAGAAGGAGGAAGACGACACACCGGAGACGUGUAUCUACUCGGGCUGGUCUCCGUGGUCGGCGUGCAGCAGUGCCACGUGUGAUAAAGGCCGCAGGAUGAGGCAGAGGAUGCUGAAGGCUCAGCUCGACCUCAGUGUUCCGUGUCCACACACCCAGGAUUUCCAGCCGUGCAUGGGCCCAGGAUGCAGUUUGGAGGAACCGUCCACGUGCAUGAUGUCUGAGUGGAUCAGCUGGUCGUCCUGCAGCGUCUCCUGUGGGAUGGGGAUGAGGUCCAGAGAGCGAUACGUCAAACAGUAUCCCGAGGACGGCUCGCUCUGCCAGCUCCACACCGAGGAGACGGACAAGUGUGUGGUCAACGAUGAAUGCUCUGCCAGCAGCUGUGUGGUGACAGAGUGGGGGGAGUGGGACCCCUGCAGCGUCACCUGUGGGAUCGGCAUGAGAAGACGUGAGCGCAUGGUGAAGAUGCCUCCUAUAGACGGAUCCAUGUGUAAAACCGAGGUGGCUGAAGUGGAGAAAUGCAUGAUGCCAGAGUGCCACACCAUCCCGUGCAUGAUGUCCCCCUGGUCGGACUGGAGCGGGUGCAGUGUGACGUGCGGCCGCGGUGUGCGAACACGUCAGAGGAUGCUGAAGUCUGAUCCUGCAGAGUGCACGGAGGAGCUGGAGCAGACGGAGAAGUGCAUGUUGCCCGAGUGUCCCCUCGACUGCAUGGUCUCAGACUGGUCCGAGUGGUCCGAGUGCAACAAGUCCUGCGGUAAAGGUCACACCAUCCGAACCCGCAUGGUGAAACUGGAGCCGCAGUUCGGAGGCAGCGCUUGUCCCGAGACCAUCCAGAGGAAGAAAUGCAAGAUCAGGAAGUGCCGGACAAAAACGAAGGAGGAGAGAGGAGGUGGAGGCGGAGGAGGAGGAGGAGGAGGAGGAGGAGGAGGAAAGAGGAGGAGGCGGGGGAAACAGGGUAGAGACGCAGCACUGGAGGAACAGCCAGGUUGCAGGAUGCAGCCGUGGACCAGCUGGUCGGACUGCUCCAAACCGUGCGGAGGAGGAAUCCAGGAGCAUUUCAUGAUGGCGAAGAAAAGAACAAAGGGCGCUCUGGUGUCCAGCUGUAAGGACCAGAAGGAGAUCCGGGCCUGUAACGUUCAUCCCUGCUAGGGGGCACUACUGAGCUAACAGAGGAGGGGGGAGUUAAAUACUUUAGAUAUGAUACUGAUGGGGGGGGUGGUGUGAGAGAAGAGGAGAAGGUGAGUGAGGGAGGAGGCGAAGACAGAGAAGAGGAUGAUGUGCUGUUUAGUGAAGCCAUUGUAGACAGUUAGUGAACAGGACUUUAACUUUAGAACACGACGGAAGAGUCAGAGACACGAGUCGGAGUCCUGCAAAAAAAAA